UGUUUUUUUUCGCUAGUGCGCUUCGACUGGCUAUCGUCUCUUUGACGUCACACCUUCCAGCACGCUCAAAUACAAAUAUAUAUGUUUAGGUCCGUCAGUUUGUAAUCUCGCAUCGUUCCAACCGGAACCCACGACAGCAAUGACGCCACCACAAGUCGCUUUCUUCUGCGUUCUGCUGGCUGCCCACAGCACAGGUAUCUCAGUCUUUGACUUCAACGACAACCCGCGCGUUUCAACUGAGAACUGUGAUCCCGACGCCAAAUCUCAAGACAUCGGUGACCGGGCAACCUGCACCUUCACCACGCACGUGGACGUGGACUCGACGAGGAUUCCUCCGGAGAUAGCAAGCGUCAAGUGCAACUGCCGCGACAGCCUGUGCAGCAAACUCGGAGACUUCCGGUGCCAGGAAGUGACGGAGACCAUCAAAGUCGCCUUCGUCAACGAGACGUCAUCGGUAGUGCGACAACGAAGCAAGGUGACCGUGGCCUGCGUCUGUGCCAUCAACCGAAGUGCAGGAGCACUUCGAGGCUUGAAAAGAACUGGACAAGUUGUGCACUCAUUUGGUUGAAGAUGGAAUGGUGUGAAAUGUAACACUGUCAUUGAACCAUUCCAUUAAAUAAUAAAUCUAGAAUGUGCGAAUAGUGGUUCACAUUGAAUAGUUCUGCUUCAUUCAAAGUGUUCACAGCGCAAGGCAAAGCCACCGCAGCUGGUUUUCUUAAUAGUGUUAAGUUUAGGCACUACACUACGCUGUUCUAUUCUAACCACAAUUUGCUCACUUUACCGAUUUUAGAUUAAAAGGUAAAUAUUUCUAGUAUCUCUUAUGAACAAUUAAUAUUCCUAUUAAUUUCGUAGAGGUCACAUUUUUCGACGAUCAGUGUAAUACCCGUGCCACACGGGCAACUUGAAUGCCAUUUACAACGUAUGACAUUUGCGUGAUCGACGAAUCAGCUCGCAAUCUGUCGCGCGUGGAAUGCGCCACGCCCGGAGUGUCGCGCGCUGAUUGGCCGUCCGCCCAAAUGUCAUUUGUUGUAAACAGCAUUCGAGUUGCCCGUGGUAUUAGUCUAGUGGUCUGUUAGUGGCACACAAAAAGUAUGUGCAUAAGGUAAAAAGUAAACGUCUUCAAAUAAUGCCUUUGCCUCGACCAUGUGAUAACUUGUGAAAAUUAUGGUGGAAAUUAAAAUUUUGCUCUAAUCUGCUUUUUAUGCUACCCAUCUUCCUAUUUUACCUAUUUUAUUAUCAUAUAAUUCGACGAUUAUGUCCCUCGUCUGCGACGCUUGCCAAAAAGGCAUUUUGCCAGAUGGUCGACUGAGACAUGCUCAGUUUGCGAGCAUAACUGUCAUCUGGGGAAAAUGUGCUCAGGCAUUGCCGAGUCCACGUUUACUGCCAUGAGCCCCGACAAAAAAGAAAAAUGGAGAUGUAAAGUUUGCCGUUCUAAGAACAAUCGUGCUGAUCUAGACGGGGUAGAUGCUAGCUCUGCCUCGAUUUCGUCCUGCGAAUCCACGACACUCGCGGCGCAAAUUCUGACCAUCAACGAAAAGCUAGAUUCAUUACUUUCUCUGAAGGCUAGUGUAAAUUUACUUCUCGAGCUUCCCGCAAAGGUGAAUGAGCUUUUGCUCCUCAAGCCUACCAUAGAUUUUAUGAAAGUGACGGUGGAGGAGGUUCAAACAUCCAUUUCUUUCCUUGGAACGAAAUACGAUAGCCUCCUCGCCACGGUGUCUGCUCAUGCGACCGACAUGAACGAGCUGCGUACGGAAGUGACUUCUCUGAAGGACACGGUUUGCGAACAGGCACAUACUAUCCAAAGCCUCCAGACCGAGCUGAACGACGCUGACCAACGCGGUCGCCAACAUAUUAUGGAAAUUCAUGGAAUGACCGUCAAACCCGACGAGGCGCUCCCUUCCAUCUUAGCGGGGCUGGCAGACAAGCUAGGAAUUCCGGGACAUCAACCAGCUGAUGUCGUCUCGGUCUUCAGGCUACCAGGCAAACGAGCUAUAAAACCACCUAUUUUGGUCAAGUUUACAUCUGUAGCCACUAAAGACAAAUGGAUGCAAGCUCGUACUAAGCUCAGGCAAUUGUCUCGUGACAAUCCACCCGAAAGACUGUAUUUCAACGACAGCUUAACUCAGACCAACAGAGAACUUUUCUGUACGGUCCUGUACGUGCUUUUUGUGGUAAUCGCUGGACAUGUCAAAUGA